AUGAGUAAUUUGGUACAAGGCGAUGGUCUGAAUUCACCAAAGGAAGAGAUAGUUGAGAAUACAUCACUCCUUAAUGAGCAGCUUCAACUUAUGAAACUCUGCUUUUAUGAUCAUGAGUUUGGCAUUAGCUUGAAUACACCUGAAAAUGCUAGCGAUGGGGUUGAUGAGUUGAGUGAAUACAUCGAAACCGAUCCUGAAUACGCCGCCGAUUUCGAUCCUUUAGCUUUUGUGAGGAAUAAGAUCAGUCAAGGCGUGCCAUUAGAGAAUCUAUGCAAAGAUUUGACUUUUUUUGAGGACCAUAUUCGAGACAAAGUCUCACACUACGUCAACACUGGUAUGCGCAAUGCGUUUUUGAGUGUGUCGGGGCACUUGGUUGGCAUGCAGGAGGAUCUUCAGCGUGCAAAGCUACCGCUUGAAACUUCGAUCAAACGGCUCAAUGGAGCAACCGAGCGACUUCUUUCGGUCACCCAAUCUGUACAGGAGAAGCUCGAGCGAGCAACAACCGCGGAGGAAGAGCGUAUUUUCGACAUAAUGUUUCUUAGGGCAAUGCUCUCUUACGAAAAAAUUGUCGAUCUCAUGGAGGAACUAAUGCAGGACAUAGCCGAGGUUUGCGGGAUGGACAACGGGGCUUUUGGCUCGACCGAUCGCUUUUUAGGGACCGCGGAGGAACCCACGACGGGAAGCCGAGGGGCGCCACGGACAGGCCGCGAGAGGCUUGAUGGGUCUCACCCAAGCCUCGCCCCGCAUGUCAUACAGCGUCUUGAGGAGGUGGCCACCGUCAUGCACCAGCUCAAUGUGCUCGUGUCGCUGAUCCCUGUUCUUCCAUCCAAGCAAGAGGAGCGGGCUGAAGUUUGUGAGUAUGCCCGAGAGAGUCGAUCGUUUGUGUUGGCGGCACUAAAGUGCACCGUCAAGUUUUUGUCCUAUCGCUUUAUCGAAUCCCCCAAACCACGGGACACCCAGUACCUGCAGGAUGUCAUAGGGUUGUACAAUGUGAUCGGUGCGCAGGAGGAGUUCUGUGAUAUGUUCGCCAAUGCCAUUCUGUACCCUCACCUAGAGAGCGUCUUGUCCUGGAAGGCGGCAGCUCAGGCACGGCAAAGCGCGGAUGAAAUGGUGCGAUUACUUCAGCGCUUGGAGAAAGAGCUGCGGGAUACUAUUAUUCCUCUUUUCCUGUUGAUGCGUCGGAGCUUUGUUGGCACGACUCUUUUCUUGGUUUCCAAGAUUAUGUGGCCAGCCGUGUGCAAGUUGCUUCUUGAAAAACUGGUCACACUUUGCGAUAUUGGGAUAGCUGAAUCCUUUCAUAAGCGGUAUACAGCGGCUUAUCAACUUCUGUCUUUGGCCGAACACGCAUGCACUUCAGGAAAAGAGCUCGCCGCACUUCGGCAGUCGCCUGAGGUUGCGUUGUGGAAUCGCAAGUGGAAUACCGACAUUUAUGCCGUUUUGCGCAUCACCGAAGUGGAUAAAGCAAUCGGUGCCGCUUUGAAAGACCUUGAGAAGGCCAAAGAAAUGAAAGUAGCCAUACAGAAUGUCCUUCAAGUACUUUUCGAUCAGAUACAGUGGCUUUUUUCGGAAGAUGUACUCCUCACUUUGUGCAUUCCAAAGUUUAUCCGAAAAGUCGAUGUGAGCUGUAAACUAGUUUUUCAAGAUGUACAAAAAUACAUGACCUUGCCUUCCGUAGUAGCACCAUCAUCUGAAGCAGGUACGAUGCAAGAGCAAUCUCACACAAUGAAUGAUACGUCUCUUUUCUUUGCGGCUAUCACCGGGGCCUCCCACGUUGUCAACCUUCUGGAGAAUUCCCUUCUUGAGCAACUGAAAGAUCAUUGUCAAGGGUCAUCUUCGCGCAUCCUUUUGUUGACAAAUCUCCUUCAUAAUAUACGAGAUUCCACCUGCAAGGCGUUUAUAGAAGUCGCUCAAACAUGGAUAAUUGAAAAGGUUCUAGGAGAAUGUAUGUCUGGCCUACAAAACAUCAAAGCCGUGCGCUCUGCCUACUUUCACACGAAAAAACCUUCCCCUACCUCUUCAUCAUGGUAUGUCGCGAGCAUUAUCGACCCUAUUGUGCGGUUCACCACAACGGCACGGGCAAACGACCUUCCUGAUGAUGUCACCAAGUACAUGCUUCAAAUCAUUGCGGAGCGUGUGGUGCACCAAUUCACCGCCAUCGCCCGCGAUACCCUCAUCACGGCAAAGAAAACCGAAGAAAGCUGGGAGAAACUCCGGCGACGAAAGGAUGGGGCUAGUGUGUCUUCAGGUAGCACGAACAAUUUAUCAGGCUACCCUCGUGAUUCGCCUUCUCCCACCUUUAUACCGGUUUCAUCCUCAAAGUUGUCUCUUCCAGGAGCUUCAGAAGCAAUAACUGAUCGAGAAAAAAUGUUGCUUCAGUUAAAUUUAGAUGCUAAGGACCUGGAGAAGAACCUGCUAUUAUUAGGUGCCGACUGUAAACUAGUGUUGUUUUUGGAAUAG